AUGGAUACUUGUAUUUCUAAUGAUGUUAUUGCUGAUAAUUAUGUUGUUGUUGAUUAUAAUGAAAGUGUUGACGGUGAUGAUGUUGCGUUUGAUAAUGAGGAUUCUUCUGCUAUUAAUGAUGGUGUUGUACAGUGUGAUAUUUGUCGUGAGGAUCAGGAUCAUGAUCAUGAUGAUAAUGCUUUUGCUGUUUUUGCUAUCGUUAAUUUAGUAUUAGCUGUUGGUGAUGAUGCUAACUUGCUUGAUGUUGGCUACCUGCGAGUGGCGGAGAUGCCGUCGUGCUUGCCUUGUGCUCAAUUAGCCUGCCUUAGCUUAGCUUGUUGCAUCGUCACAGAGUCAGGCGUUCCCACUCUCGCCAGCCUACGCCCAACCCCGUUGAAGCUGGAGAUGCUUAUCAGUCGGGACACCCUCCUUUUUAUUCCUCAGUUUAAUUUCAAUUUAUUUGUCCCAUUCAUCUGGCCCCGGCUGCACUCGGUUUGCCAUGCCUGCACUCAGGCACCCAUUACUUUGUCUUCUCUUCCACUUCGUCCGAGACCCGCUUGCCUCGGCACGCAAAUGCGGGCAGAUGUUUCCAAAUCUCGCGUCUAUUAUCGCCUCGCCACCUCUUCAUUGCAUCCUCUCUCCAGCCCCGACCGCACCCUCUCGUUAACGCAUACACACAAGCGCAAGCCCACGUCUGGCUGCAGAGCAGACCGACUUUGCCCGCGCCUCGGCGGUUGGCCAGUCACGUCUCGCCAUUCUGAGGCUAAUCGGGCGCUCUUCAACUCCAGCGCGGGCUGGCGGCACAAUCGGCCACCGGCGACAGGCGAUUGA